AUGCCCGGCUACUCAAGCGCCAAACAGGUCCAAGAAUGGGAGGAUUUGAAAUUCUACAGAAAGACUCAUUCGGAACAACUGUACCUCAUUACGGGACAACCGCAGAGUCCAGAGCAUGAUAGGUGGUUGAGAAAGCAAGAGACACUUGGAAAGAAUGAUCAACGAGAAUCGCCCGAUGUUGGAUCGCCAGAGCCUAAUGACCAGACAAACGAAAGAACAAAAUCGUUUCUAACAGAGCUGGAAAUUAGUCGGGUACCUCUGGAAGCCGGUAAUAUCAGUCCGCAGCCUCAACACCGAAGACUACCUGCCAGAGGAGUUAAGGACCCUGCAAGACCUUUCAGUCAGGAGGAGUCUCAACCUCAAAAUAGCAUUCGUCACAUAACAAUGCUUCCUCCAACAUGCUACACCUAUGGAUUACUUGCUAUGAUCAACGCAGAUAUAGAUCAGAGCUAUGUCAGCAAAGCUAUAAUAAGCCGCAUGAAGCUUGAACGUCAUGUCAAAAAGGCGGAGUGUUCAACACAUCUAAAAAUUGGGGGGAAAGAGUUAUCAACCGACGAAAUAAUUCAAAUAAGGUGGUGCAAUGAAGGGAGCCGUACAACCACCAAGACGGAAUUUUAUGUUGCCCCUCCUGGUUUCUUUGAUGUGAUGUUUGGUCGCGAUGUCCUGAAUGGUGAAAAAUUGUAA